AUGGAUCAGCAAGUUGAUCAGGUUCUACCCACUGACGACCGUGGCCUAUACGAAUCAGCACUCGGGCCAGAUGAAGUACCUUGCAUAUUAAGUGCCUAUCCUGUACGUAGCCGUCAGCCGGUCACCUUUCAAUCGUCGAGCCGUCAAGCGAAUCGGGAUGUUUGGAGCAAAUUUACUGUCGCACUUAAGAUGUCGCCUGGCAGCAAAGUGGCAGACAUUAUUGCAUUCGUUGAGAAAUGGAAUGGUCAGGCUAAUUCUUCAAUGCAUUAAGCCACAAUUAGAGAGUUGUAUGUAUCCUCAAA